GCCCUCCUUCCUCGGCUCUCGGUAGCUUCACUCGGCCGCUCUCGGGCUUCCUGGUUCGGCGGAGUGGGGGCGUUUGUUCUGCCCGUUUCCUCUGCCCGUUUCCAAACACAACAAAGACUCGAGUGGGGUGAGAUUUAGUGAGGUCGGUCCAGAGAUGAGCUUUAAAGCUGACGUUUGUUUCUGAGCUGCGGUCGGAGUUUAGUCUGAUGCUAGAACGCUGAAGCGAGCGGCGGAAGGUCUUCAUUUAGUCCGUCCCGACGGUUCAACAUGCGGCUGAUUUUCGCCUUUUUAGCCGCUUUCACCGCUUUAACGGAGGCCGCCGUCCCCCCGGACAAGACGGAGCAGGACUUCAUGUCUCUCAGAGCGAUGCUGGAUGACUUUGAUGUGCUGCCUCUCUCCAGCCUGCAGACGCACUCCGUCCGCCGCCGUGACGUCCAGUCUCAGACGCACAUGGAGAAGCUGGUCAGCUUCAGCGCCCUGCAAAGGCAUUUCAGACUCUACCUGAGGACCAACGACGAGCUCUUCACCAGCGACUUCAGAGCCGUGGUCAUCAGCGAGGAUGGCCAAGAGCGGACCUACCCGGUCAACAGGCACAACUACUUCACCGGACACGUCAUCGGGGAGGAGAACUCCCGUGUUCAGGCGCACAUCGAAGAUGACGAGUUCUCCGCUCACAUCCUGACUGAUGAGGCCGAGUACAAUGUUGAGCCUCUUUGGAGGUUCACGUCGGCGCCCUCUGACGGUCGCCUCAUAAUCUAUCGCUCGGAAGACAUCCGCAACAUCAGCCGCCUGCAGCAGCCUUCGGUCUGCGGCUACGUGACCUCUGACCCCAGUGACCUGCUCCCUGACAGCGUGAGAGCAGCUGUGGUGGAGGAAAAGGAGGAAGAAGAGUCGGCGUUCAGAGUGAAGCGUCACGUGCACGACCACAAGAAGAACACGUGUCCUCUGCUGCUGGUGGCCGACCAUCGCUUUUACAAACACAUGGGCCGUGAGGAGGAGAGCACAACCCUCAACUACCUGAUUGAGCUGAUCGACCGUGUCGACGACAUCUACAGAAACACGUCGUGGGGCGAGGGGUUCAGCGGGUACGGCGUCCAGAUCCAGCAGAUCAUCAUCGAGAAGGAUCCGACUCCUGUGGAUCCCGGAAAAACUCACUUCAACAUGAAGGGAAGUCCAGUGGAGGGCAGAGACGUUUGGGAUGUGAAGAAGCUGCUAGAGCAUUUCAGCGUGGACAUCGCGGGGAAAGCCUCCAACGUCUGUCUCGCUCAUCUCUUCACCUAUCAGGACUUCGACGAGGGCACUCUGGGGCUCGCCUACGUCGCCCCGUCUAAAGCCGACAUCGCUGGAGGCCUCUGCUCCAAAGCUAGUCCUUCGACCUUGAAUGAGCAGGGAAUGAUCUACCUGAAUACCGGCCUCACCAGCACCAAGAACUAUGGCAAGACCAUCCUGACCAAGGAAGCAGACCUGGUGACAACCCAUGAACUUGGCCAUAACUUCGGCGCAGAGCACGACCCGGAUAAACCGGAGUGCGCCCCCCGAGAGGACCAGGGUGGGAAGUACGUCAUGUAUCCCAUCGCCGUGAGCGGAGACCACGUCAACAACAAGAUGUUCUCUGACUGCAGUAAGCGCUCCAUCGUGAAGCGUCUCAGGUUGAAGGCGCCGUCCUGCUUUAAAGAGAGGAACAUCAAUGUGUGCGGGAACUCCCGGGUGGAGGAGGGCGAGGAGUGCGACCCAGGACUGCUGCACAUCAACUCAGACCUCUGCUGCACGCGCAACUGCAGGCUGAAGGCCGAAGCUCAGUGCAGUGACAGGAACAGCGCCUGCUGCAGGGAGUGCAGGUUCGAGGCCAAAGGGGUGGUCUGUCAGGAGCCCAUCGAUGCCACAUGUAAAGGACACUCGUACUGCACAGGAAACAGCAGCGAGUGUCCUCCUCCAGAAAAUGCUCCAGAUAAGACAGCGUGUUUGGACAGUGGCGAGUGUUUGAAUGGAGAGUGCAUCCCCUUCUGUCAGGCCGUCCUGAAGCUACAGCCCUGCGCCUGUAACGAAACCAAUGCUUCCUGUAAAGUCUGCUGUCGGAGCAAUGGCGGCGUCUGCACCCCCUAUCAGAGCAUAUCAGGACAUUUCCUGUUUCUCAGGAAGGGCAAACCCUGCACCGUGGGUUUCUGCGAUGGAGCGGGAAAAUGCAUGAAGCAGGUGCAGGACGUGGUGGAGCGUCUGUGGGACUUCAUCGAUAAGCUGGACAUCAACACGUUCGGGAAGUUUCUGGCUGAUAACAUCGUGGGCUCAGUGGUGGCGUUCUCACUGCUGUUCUGGGUUCCUUUCAGCAUCCUGGUGCACUGUGUGGACCGGAAACUCGAUAGGCAGUACGAGCAGACCACCAAGUCACUCCUGUUCCCCAGUAAUGCUGAGCUCCUGAGCAGCCUGGAUUCGGCGUCCGUUCGGAUCUUCAAAUCUCCGACGUUCUCUUCCGGCCCCCUUCGCUUUCAUCCCAGUGGCCCCGAGCAAACUGGUGCUGACCCGGCCCACAGCCCACCUCCUCUGGACAGCCCCCGCAUGGCCACCAUCCACGAGGACCCCAGCUCGGACUCCCACCUGGACGAGGCGUCCCUUGACGAGGCGUUCGUACGUCCGGCAGGGGCGACGCGGCGCUCCUUCGAGGACCUGACAGAGAAGACGAGCCGCAGUGAGAAGGCGAAGGUGUUCAAACUGCAGAGGCAGCAUCAGAUCGACAGCAAGGAGACACAGUGCUGAGGCGGCAAACGCCUCCACCUUCAUAGAAUAGAAUAGCUCUUUGCCAUUGUACAUGUACAACGAAAUCCCGGCUCCACCUUUAGCUGCAGCCUCGUCAGGAUCCGUUGCAGAGUGUCAGACAAAUGCCUCAACAGCUGGCGCUCAGACCAGGCGUGUACAAAAUGGAUGUAGCCCCGAAAAUGUGUUUUAGAUACUGAACCCCCCCCAGAUAAAACUACAUACAACAGAAAGUAAACUCAAAAAGUAAACCAAAGAAAUUUUCAGAUGAUGUGGUUAAAUUCAGCUUUGAUUUAUAUCGUUAUUCACUGUCAGUGGACAAAACGUCUUACAGUGUAUACUUAUUACAGUAUUAAAAACACCGUAGUGCCUUAAACCUGCAGCAGUGACCAGCAGGGGGCGCCUCUUCAGUGUCUAAAAGAGACUCCUGCUCCCCUGACCGUUGACCUCAGUAAACGACCUCCUGACCCA